AUGACCAACGAAACAUUUGAUUUUACCGACCAUUCGCAUAGACGUUACAAUCCAUUGACUGAUUCUUGGGUUCUUGUCUCGCCUCAUAGAGCCAAGAGACCGUGGUUGGGUCAACAGGAAGCUCCUUCGAAGAACGAUGCGCCAGAAUACGAUCCAAAAUGUUAUUUGUGUCCUAAUAAUACCAGGGCUUCAGGUUCAUCGAACCCAGCUUACGCGAAUACUUAUAUUUUCCCUAAUGAUUUCGCAGCUGUUAAGCUAGAACAACCCAAAUUGGUUGAGAGUAAAGGCGAUACUUUGAAGAAUAGAUUGUGCAAGGUUGAAUCGGUCAGGGGAAACUGUUUUGUGAUUUGUUUCAGCCCAAAGCACAAUCUUACCAUUCCUCAAAUGAAGCUGGAGGAUUUGACACAGGUUGUGAGUGCAUGGCAGACGUUGUACUCCAACUUGGCUAAGGAAGCCAGGGAAGAGGGCAAACCAUACAAGUACCUCCAGAUUUUUGAAAACAAAGGUACAGCAAUGGGUUGUUCCAAUCUACAUCCUCACGGCCAGGCAUGGUGUUUGGAAGCAAUCCCAACUGAGAUUGCCAAGGAACUGAAAUCGUUCAAGAAAUACAAAGAUCAGUAUGGUACUGAUUUGUUAGGCGACUACGUUAAAAUGGAACUAGAAGAAAAGAGUCGCCUGGUUUUGGAGAACGAAGAUUUCAUUGUUGUCGUUCCAUACUGGGCUGUCUGGCCAUUUGAGACCAUGAUUGUUUCCAAGUCGAAGAUACCUUCUGUGGAUAAGCUCAACGACCGUGAGAAGAAGAAUUUAGCCUCCAUCAUCAAAGAGCUCACCAUUAAAUAUGACAACCUGUUUGAGACAAGUUUCCCUUACUCAAUGGGUAUCCACCAGGCUCCAUUGAAUGCAGAGGGCGAAGCAUUGAACGACAGCUGGUUCCACAUGCACUUCUACCCACCAUUACUGCGUUCAGCCACUGUCAGAAAGUUCUUGGUCGGUUUCGAACUGUUGGGUGAACCGCAAAGAGAUUUGACUGCAGAGCAAGCUGCCACUAGAUUAAGAGCUUUGGACAGUAAAGUUCACUACCUGGAAAAGUUGUGA